AUAGCGAAUAAGAAAGGAGUAACUCCAGGUCAACUUUGUUUGACUUGGGUCAUCGUACAGGGAAAUAUUGUUAAUAUUCCUAGCACAAAGAUAAUUAAAUAUUUAGAAGAAAAUUUUGGUGCAAGUAAAAUUCAUCUUGAUUUCGAAGAAUUAUCUCAAUUUGGGGAAAUUACUGAUUCUAUUGAAGUCAUUGACUAG